GGUGAAUGCGUCUUUUACUGCAAUCGGGCAUUGUUUGUUAAUUCACUUGCAUAUUGCCUAUAUAUCCCUGUCCAUUACUAUAACCCCGCCCCGUGGAAGAGUAGCCGCGCUAAUCGCUCUCCCUUCCGUCCCCGCGUUUCGUCCGCCGACAAUCACGGAAAUCCGGCCGGGCAGGUGGAAAGAAAGAAAAUACACCAAGCGCAAACAUUGAUAAAGUCUGCAGUUCGCCUACGAGCCGGCUUGGCUUUACUCACUAUCCCCCUAGACGAUACAUCUGCAUGAAUUUAUAACAGCGCAAUCCUCGAUCAUUGUUGCGACUGCGAAUCUAGAUGUCAAUGAGUGGCUCCUCCGCCAGGCUUUGCGCGGACCAUGUCGCCAGCGCGCUUCUGAGACGGCGAGUGCCGGUAUACCCUGUGGCCCUGCGUACAACUAGGCCGACCUAUAUUUCGGAUUAUCGGAGGACUCUACACGGUGGGCUUUUCUACCGCUCCAGAACCAACCCCGGGAUUCCGCGCAGAUGUAGCCGGUCGAAUGCGGGCGUGUACUCGGUGAACCAGGGCACGAGACGAUGGGCAGCAACUGUUGCGGAUGAUGGUGCGGCUGUGAAGGCUCCGGCUGGCGAGACUGGUGGUCCGUUGGCAGAGUAUAAUACGAGGGUCCAGGCGGGGAGGCUUCGAGACGAUCCCUAUCAGAGACAGAUAAUCGAGCAACUGCAAGAUUUAUACGAACGGCUCCGGUCGUAUGAAGCUCCUGCGGUGGUGCGCCCAAGUAUAGAGUCGUUGGAUCAAGCGCCGAAGAAGUCGUUUUUCGGCUCGUUAUUCUCAAAGGCGCCUGCGAAGUCGGAAUCAUCGAUUUCCGAGGACCUGCCUAAGGGCCUUUAUAUGUAUGGGGAUGUUGGAUGUGGGAAGACGAUGCUCAUGGAUUUGUUUUACGAGACGCUGCCACCGAAUAUCUCGUCGAAGUCGCGGAUUCAUUUCCAUAACUUCAUGCAGGAUGUACAUAAGCGGAUGCAUGUGGUGAAGAUGCAGUUUGGGAACGACUUUGAUGCCUUGCCACUGGUUGCGGCUGCUAUUGCAGAAAAGUCGAGCGUGCUGUGCUUCGAUGAGUUCCAGUGUACGGAUGUAGCUGAUGCUAUGAUUCUACGGAGGCUCCUUGAGCUGCUUAUGUCACACGGCGUUGUCCUCAUUACGACCUCGAACCGACAUCCAGAUGACCUCUACCUGAACGGCAUCCAGCGCGAAUCCUUCAUCCCGUGUAUCACCCUCCUGAAAACCGUGCUCAAUGUAAUCAACCUUAACUCUCCCACCGACUACCGGAAAAUUCCCCGUCCGCCAUCUGGCGUCUACCACAACCCUCUCGGUCCGGAAGCCGAGCAGCACGCUCAGAAAUGGUUCGACUUUCUCGGCGACCCGAUUAACGACCCUCCGCACCCGACCACGCAAGAAGUUUGGGGCCGCAAGAUCCAAGUUCCUCUCGCCAGUGGCAGGGCUGCAAAGUUCAGCUUUCAGCAACUCAUUGGAUCUGCUACAGGCGCCGCAGACUACCUCGAACUCGUCCGAAACUACGAAGCAUUCAUCAUCACGGAUGUGCCGUCCAUGACGCUGCACCAGCGCGAUCUCGCUAGACGGUUCAUCACAUUCAUCGACGCCGUCUACGAAAGCAGGGCCAAACUCGUCCUUACGACAGAAACCCCGCUAACAACGCUCUUCAUUUCCGAAUCGGAAGUCAAAACCUCUCUCGACGACAACGGCGAACACGCCGAUCUCUCCGACUCCAUGCGCAUGAUGAUGGACGACCUCGGCCUAUCCAUGAAGGCACUCAAAACAUCCUCAAUCUUCAGCGGUGACGAAGAACGCUUUGCCUUCGCGCGUGCUCUAUCCCGUCUUUCUGAAAUGGGGAGCAAGGAGUGGGUUGAGAGGGGUCUGUUGGGUGUAGGAUUGGAUGCUGCCAAGGGGAAGGAAGAACAUGACGCUUAUUUGAAGGCGAGGAGUCGGUGGAGUGAGGACAACAUGUAAACUUUUUACCCUGUCUGUUUCCUCUACCCUGGCACCGCGUUAUUUUCCCCAUCUCUUUUAGAAUCUUGCGAUAAAGACGAGGUGACGUGCCCCGGUUGGGGUUUGUCUGCAUGGAAUGGCACAGCCUGUUUAGAUUUUCUAUGUUUGGUUUGGCUUGUAUAUAACAUUUACAUCGAUAGAACUAUAUAUACCUACCGUACUACACUGCUAUGGAUUUUGUCUGUGGAU